AUGGCCGUGUUACUGUGCUCUGCAGCUAUGCCUUGCUUCAUGGCGGGAUCGUGCCAGAAGCGGGACGACAUCAUCUCCUACAGCUUCCCUUUCUUCCCCCAUGAUAGCAUGCAGAACUUGGCGAUUUUCGGGGACGCGAGUGUGAUAGUGGCAAACCUCGUGCUCACUGUCGACAGAGACGGGAUGAAGGGUGGAGCCGGUUCUGCCCUCCUCCUAUCACCCAUCAAGCUCUGGGGCGUCGACUCCGACGAUGUGAAGCACGAGGCGUCCUUCAACACCUCCUUCACCAUGAAUAUCUACAGGCGGCUGGGACAAGGCGGCGGCCUUGCGUUCGUCAUCGUCCCCUCCCUCCACGGCCCUCCGCCUGGCAGCGAGGGUGGUUUCCUCGGUCUCACCAAUACCACCUCAAAGUCCACCACUGCCUCGGGCAGCAGUUUCGUCGCCGUCGAGUUAGACACCUGGAAGGACGACUUCGAUCCCGAUGACAACCACAUCGGGCUCAACAUCGGCAGCGUCGUCUCCGACGUAGUCGUCUCGCUCUCCUCACUCCCGGUGCCCGACAACAUCACCCUCGCACCGCUGAUGGAGUCGGUGGAUUACACCGUGUGGAUCGAUUACAACGGAGUCGGGCACCACAUAUGGGUGUACAUGGCCGUCGAUGGACUGCCCAAGCCUAACAAGGCCUACCUUGAUGCGCACCUCAACAUGAGCAGCAACAUCCCGCAGCAAGCGUUCAUUGGUUUCACGGCAUCGACGGGGGAAGGCCACCACCUACAUCGUAUCCUGAGCUGGAACUUGACAGUCGAAAAGCUUCCCGAUCACCGAGCCGUCCGACAAUGGAAGGUUGUGCUGCCUGCAGUUCUUGGGUCUGUUGCCGCCACCGCAAUCAUGAUAUCUGUCGCGGCCUUCUACUUCAACCUGAGGUACAAGGCCCUGAAGAUGGAGCUGAAGCUGUCGGAGGCCCUUCGGCGGCUUCCGGGCACGCCCAAGGAGUUCAAGUACGCGACGAUCAGGAAGGCCACCAACAACUACGACGAGGCAAGGAAGCUAGGCAGAGGCGGGUUCGGCGCAGUGUACAGGGGAACGCUCCGUCUCCGGUCAGGCAAGACGUGCCAGCUGGUGGACGUUGCUGUGAAAAAGUUCACACGUAAUCGAGACCGCGGCUACGAUGACUUCCUCGCAGAGGUCGACGUCAUCAACCGGCUGCGCCACCGAAAUGUCGUGCCGCUUGUUGGUUGGUGUUAUGAGAAAGGGGAGCUCCUGCUUAUAUACGAGUAUAUGCCCAAUGGUAGCCUGGACCAGUACCUCUUUGAGGAAAACCCUCGGCUCCAGCGGCCCAUCUUAGGAUGGAAUACCCGGUACGACAUCAUCAUGGAUGUAGCCGCAGGGCUCCACUACGUGCAUCACGAGCACGAACACAUGGUGAUCCACCGCGACAUAAAAGCGAGCAACAUCAUGCUUGACUCUUCCUUUCAUGGCCGCCUCGGUGACUUUGGCCUUGCACGCAUCGUCAGUUUGAACAAGAACUCCUACACAGAUGUGGGUGUCGCUGGCACCUGGGGCUUCAUCGCGCCGGAGUACUCAGUCUGCCACAAGGCCACUCGCAAGACUGACGUCUAUGCCUUUGGGGUGCUAGUCCUCGAGAUUAUCACCGGGGAACGGGCACUUGCUGGGAACCAUGACCAUGAGACGCUUCAACCGCUCACUGACUGGGUCUGGUGGGUUCACCGGGAGGGAAGGUUGCUCCAUGCAGUGGACGACAAAGUCACUUCCACGCAAGAGUUUGAUCGCAAUGAUGCUACUCGCUUGUUGCUUCUUGGACUGGCAUGUAGCAACCCAAACCCAUCUGACCGACCAAGCAUGGCCGAGAUAGUGCAAGUGAUAGCCAAAUCGGUGCCGCCACCAGACGUACCGCUUGUGAAACCUACAUUCGUCUGGCCACCUGAAGGCGGGAUCCCCAUGGAAUUUGACGACAUGAUGGCAACGAGCAACCUCGACUGGGAGGACAUGUCUAGCAGUGAAGCCCUUGGGGCUAGCGUACCAUCAGAGGUGAAUAGGCGCAACGCUCGGGUUGGGCAUUCAAACACAGCUGGAUCAGCUGAGGAGUAUUAUGUGUAG